AUGGAUGAUAGUAAUAAUAAUAUAUUUGAUGUGCUCGAAUCGCCAUCAUCAACAAAAACAUUAAAAAUAACUUCAACAUCAACAAAUGUAUUAUCUAUACGUCGUUCUCAUCGUCCAUUGAUAAAUACCAACAAUGGAUCUUAUUCAUCUGCCAAUUCUACAGCAGAUAUAUCCUCAUCAUCAAAUGGAUCUCAACGAAAAAAACGAAAAGAUCGAGCUCUUCAAGAUCUUGGAUUUGUAAAUCCAGGUCCAAAAAAUUUAGUUAAUGUCGCUAAUGUACCAUCGAGACGUUUAAAAACUCGACAAUCAUCUGCACAAGAAAAACCAAGUUCAAGUAAACCAUUAUAUGAUAAAUCAGGUCUUCUUCUUUCCGAUGAAGCAGAUCGAUGUGAUUGUAAUCGUUUAACAUGUCCUGGAUGUUUCUUACCUUGUACAUCUUGUCAUUCAUCAAAAUGUGGUCUCGAAUGUCGUAAUCUUCGAACUUAUACAUAUGAAUAUCGUUUAUUUGGUACAAAUAAAGAAAUAAUUCAAUAA